AAAAAAAGCAAGAUUUUGUAUUUAUAAAAGCUUGAAAAAAAUCUUUACAAAUCAAUCACAUUUAUGGUUUUAAACUUGGCUGUUUUAAGCGUGUGGCCUUUCUCUGUAUUGAAUUAGUACUUCAUAUACUACAGAGAAAGUUUAAAUGAUUUAAACGCUUUUUUAUAACGGAGAAAACGCUUUGUUUCUGUCAAAAUGAUAAAUUUGAUGGAGUAGCAGAUUUUGACCGUCAGUGUUCUUGUGUUCUGGUUUUCUCUGCGGAUAUUUCAUGGACACCAGUGACCCAAUAGCAUGGUUUCAACAAAAAGUGAGUAUUUUACAAAUAGUGUUUUAUUUCAACGACAGAAAAAUUCAGCUGUGUUGAGUUAAUUUUUGAAGUUCAACUUUGUAUUGACAGUAUCGAAUGUAGUAUUGACAGUAUUUGAGAGUUGUUGAUAAAUAUUGUUGUGUUGUAGUUUCUCGAAAUUUACUAUCAAUAAUUAUAUCACAAGUGCUUUUCAGCAAGGAACCUUCUCUUAAAAAGUUGUUGCAUAAUUAUUGAAACAGAAGAUGAAUUGAGGCAAUUGAAUCAGGCAAUUUGGUAAAUUACUGCAAGCCUCUGAAUAUAUUAAGCCCUGGGCUGAUAUUUGUUUGUGAGCAUUUUUGAUGGGGUUAUACUUGGUGGGGCCUAUAUAUACAGGUGGCUUAUAUAGGGUCGACAUUUGAUGUUUACUCUGUCUAAUGCCAGACGAUUUUACUCAUCAGGGGGAGAGUGCUGCCACUCAAUGGGUUAACAUAUUAUAAUACUGUAAUGUAAUUAGAUAUAUUGUCACUUGUCUGAUCUGUUGGAAUCUUCAUCGCUGUGUUAAUAGUAGUAGUAAGCCCAUGGGCUCACACACAGAUGGGCUUAUGUAUUUGAGAAGCUUAUCUUCAGAAUAAAUAUGUUUAGAUCGGCCGUUAUGACAAAGCAUUAUGGGAGCGUACUAUUGAGCAGAAAGAAAUUAAAGUUUUAGAGGUAUGUGUUAUUACAUAGUAUGUAAUAUUUUUCUAAUCUGACUAUAAGGACUGGACUAGAUUUCAAGUCCGCGCAAUUUGAUUAAGUUCGAGGCGAAGAUGAGUAAAUCUCAUCCGGAUACAUCACUACUUAAAGUGAGGUGAAUAAAUUUCGAUCCAGUCCUAGGACUGAAUGAAUAUUUAUUUAUUUAUUUAUUAAACUUCGCCACUUACAACAAACAAGUGGCAGGGACACCACAACAGUAUACACCAAUUACUGUAGGCCCUUUAAUAUACUUCACCAGGGAGCCGAAGACGAAAGUUUGUAUAUCUGAUAUACAACACAGAUACAAAUAUGUAAAUGCUUGAUUUUGUAUCAGAUAUACAAACUCCGUAACGCUCAUGAUUUCUUUUGUGUUUUCUUCAUAAUAUAUGGACAUAUAAUAUAUUUGUCUGUUGAUCAUCAUUGAUAAUUAAUAUUCCUGACUACUAUGUUGUAAAUUGACGAAAUAUUCUUGGUCUUUCAUUUCCAGGAUCUAAACUGUGUUCCAAGAAAGACAGGAAAUGUAAAACCUGAACUUAUUGAUAUUGAUCUCAUUCGAGGUAUGCCAGGGUAGACGUCAGCCUAAAAAAUAGAAGUAUCUAUCCCUCCACUUUUGGCAAAUUUCCAAGCACAGCGACGCACAAAUAAUGCCUGUCAACAAUUCACAUAGAACUCUAAGGAAGAUUUCAUAAAGUUACCACAAACUGACAAGGUGUAGAACAACAAAUUAUUAGCAAGUGUACAAUGUUAUAAAUGAGUAUAAACUAGUUAUCUAUAUUGUAUAUCUUGAAUGUUUCAUAGGUUCUACAUUUUCCAAAGCUAAACCAGUUCAUGGUUGGUUUGCAGUUCUAAGGAAAGGUCUUCUUCGUGUUUGCUUCUAUCCAUUCUAUUAUAAAUGGU